AUGAGCUACUACUUCAACCAGCUAAUCACCCGCACUCGAGAUCUCCACGAAACUCACCACUGCUCAAACUCCUCGUUCCAACUGUCGCUCGACUCCGCAAUAGAUUCUGCAGCCAAAGACUCACCAGACUCAGAGCUGGAACCAUCACUCGAGUUAGCCUCUGCAUCCAGCAUUGAGAACUUCACGCGAGUCAAGGCUGCCACAGUGGAUCUUCUUGCGCACAAGGGACGUCUGGUGACUGGCUCUGCUUCUCAGCCUGGCGAUGUCGGCAUACAAUCCGGCCCUGGAGUGCGCGAUGGGUUUGUCUAUGAGUGCGAACUAGCCGUCGAGUCUCCAUCAGUGUAUCGCGUUGUGAAGUACGUCUACAGGCCGGACAAGCGCUAUGCUAACUCGAAGCGAGUGUUCGAGGCAGUAGUCCUCAACGCAUGCGGCAAGAGCGGUUACGACCUGUCAGUCAGACGCUAUGUCACAGAGAUGUCGUUCGUGCUGCGCUCCAUGUUAUGUCAGUCUCGCAACUACUUAGACGACAUGAGCGUGAGUCUUCUGCUCUGUGAUCCGGAGUUGUCUCACGUUAGCAGCCUCAAUCGUGGCAAGAUCCGAGAUGCAACCGACAUGGACCCAGACUCUCGAGUUACAUUGCUGAAGAGGCUGAACACUGGUGGCAUCCGUACCGCGAUCUUCCGCGGCAAGGUCGAAGACUUCUUCAGCAGCAAAGCAGUCGUCAACUAC